CUUUCUUUGUUUCGGCUCUUCAGUAGCCACUGAAGUCUGCUGGUUUAUCUAGUGGACCCACACCUAACCUAACCUAUCCUUGAGAGCCAUUGCUUUGUCACCGCCACAGUUACUGCCACCCAAAAUGAAGAAAUUUCAAUUUGAUACACCCUUGUCCUGCUUCGUCAGCUGUGCGCAACGGCGCACUCGCACAACACGAGACACACGCUUCGCUGCCCUUAUUUUACCUGAAUAACAUCCACAACGAGGAGGCACCUCCACUUCGGCGUCAAGGUGGUCAGGCACAAGGAAGGUUAUCCGGUACAUCAGAAUUCUGCAAGGUCGUGCACUCAGGAGACGUGCGGCGACUCGAUCCAUUUCAACUCCACUCAGCUGCUGCGAGCAUGGGCGCCUUAGUAAGAAGAACAGACCUUGAUCUGGUCUGCAUAUCAUUCUUCGUUGUCUACAUAUCAGCUAUAACAGGCUACAAGCUGUACCUCAUGGUUUUCCGCGAGGGCGAAAUACCUACUGACUGGGCCUCAAACCUCAUGCGAAAAUAUGCAUUCUACGCCGUUGGAGGAAUCUUCUUGCUGAUAAUACUUAUGAACGCAUUUUUCGUAUACGUAUACAACACGUAAUUAUACGGAAGAUAUUAGAGUUUGUUUUUCAACUCCCUUUCCGUUUCAGCUCUCCAUCCUUUGUUUCACGACGUGCACAUAAAUCAACGUCAAACGUGCAACUCCUAUAGCAUCAACGGCACUAGUAUCUCUAGCUUCAUCUCUUUCAUCCUCUUCAAUCUCUAAUCCCCUUGUCGUCAUCUACGACCUUAUCGGCUUCAUAAGAGGUGAAGAUCCAUGGCAAGGCAUGCAGGAGUACACUUGUGGACUUGCGGUCAUAUCUGGAGCAUUCUCCUACUUCAUAUACCAAGUCCUUUCGUUGGAUGCAGCCUUUCUGUUUGCGUACUGUUUAUUUUGAUGCAUGAAAGAAUAAUUUGAAUGUUGUCCACCUUGGCUAGAAGUCGCAAAAUGUUUGUACCAUGCACCUUCAUGACGAGCCAAGAAGCUCUUCUACAUAGCCCAAUCCUGCUAGAACUGCCUCAUCCACCCGUCAUUAAUUAUAACCAACCUCGCUCCCAAGCGAAUAUCCUACUUCGCAGCAAGCUUAGAAUCUACUUGAAAAUACACUAAAUAAAUAACAGCAUAGCAGUAUUUGGGGCCGGCAUGGUUUUCGGAUUGAGCAAGAUCAUUUUGUCGACGUUCUCGCUCUGGCACGACCAGUGGAACAUAGGCCUCAUCCUGUUGCUGCUUUAUCUUUGCGCUUUGUCUUCCUACUCAGUCCGAUAUCAAAAGCGAAGACGGCAAAACGAGCAGAAGGGAGACGCCAUAAAGGACCAGGCAUUUGACGAGUACCUCAAGAUAAUAUCGCACGUUUUGAGAUAUCCGCAAACGCUCUAUUUUAUGGCAAGGAAGUUGGAAGUUGUGUCUCUCUUCAUUGACAUUGAGGUGUGACAACGAACAAGGAGCUUUUUUGGGUUUUACAGAUCGAUGAGUUUAGUUCUAGUAGAGUCCUUGGCAUCAUUUUUAUGUUUAUCCUUAUUUGAAAUAGUUGUGUACCCCAACGAUAAAUGGAAAUGGUACAACACUCGCCCCUGUCUUCUCUUUACUACAAGAACUGACUCCCCGUCUCCUACAAGAACUUACUCGUCCCCUGCGCUCUUUCAUAAUCUACUACGCCAUGGUGUAUUGGGUGUUUCAGAUCGAGGAGUACUUGGAGACACACGAGGUCGGCUGGGCUGCCGUUAUUUUCUACUACGUCAUUGCUGCGCAUUUUGUGUUCGGUUGUUGCAGAGAAUUCAGAGAAAAUGAUUUUUGACCACAAGUUUGUUAUAUUAUACGCUUUCUUCUUCAACAUCAACCACAUAUAUCAUACGCUUUCUUCCACAGGAGCUCCUUUUUUUUAUCCGCUCGCUCCAUCACUUAUAUUAUACGCUUACUUCAAGAAGAACAGGGUUACUAAAACUAAUGUUGUUCUGAAAUUCAUAUUAUACGCUUUGAAAGCGUCGCUAGCAUC